UGUGAAUAAACAGGACAGUAUUUUUUCCAUUAAUUAAGUAUUUAAAAAAAUAUUGAUUUGGUACAAAUGUAAUAGCUUAUCUGGUUAUGGCACGAAUAAGAAAAAGAACUACAAAUAGAGGAACUGAUAAUGAGUUUAUGAAGAGAACUGCAGAGAUGUGCAUUAAUGAAAGCAAAUCAGUACGGUCAGUUGUUGGAGAAUUUGAUAUUUGCCAUGUUAGUUUGAAUCGGUAUGUCAACAAAUUAAAAGCUAAUAAGUUAAGACAGAGUUCUCCACCAAAAUGUGGUUAUCAGCCACAUACUAGAGUUUUUAGCAGUACUCAAGAAGCCUUGUUAUCUAAUUAUUUGAAAAACUGUACUGAUAUGUAGGGGAAGGCGGGGUAAGUCCGUACGAGAGGCAAAACCGUAUGAUAAGGUUUUUUGAACAAUAAGUCGUACAAAAAUUAUUGCUCAUAAAGGUAGAAAACUACCUAUACUGGAAUAUGGCCUUUCAAUAGGAAUGUCUUUAAUGAAGAUGAAUUUGCUCCAACAAUUGUAACUGACUACUGACAGUUUUAAAUUGUGAAAUUAAUAAUAAUGAAAUACCUAGUCCUAGUUCUAUAACUAUUGAAAUGCCAGUACCAGAAAUAUUUGAAACACAGUCAACUUCUGAGGUAACACCUGAAAGUGUAAGGCCUUAUCCAAAAGCUAAAUUUAACUCAAAAGUUACAAAAAAAGGAGGAAGAAGAAAGGGGAAGGCAACCAUUAUGACAGACACACCAGAAAAAAAUGAAAUUUUAAAAAGAACCGCUGAAAAGAACAAAAAUAUUAAUCGUAAACUAUUUACCACAGAAGCUAAAAAAAGAAAAGAAAAGAAAAAAGUAACAAAACAAAAUAUACGCAAAAAAACUUCUUUCAAUAAAGAAAACAAUGAAGAAGACACUUUUUGUAUGAUUUGCACAGAAUACUAUUCAAAUAGUAGAAGUGGAGAAGAUUGGAGCCAAUGUUCCAAGUGUAAAUAUUGGUCACAUGAAGCUUGUGCCACAACUAAAUUUACUGCUUAUUAUACAUGUGAUAACCGUGAAGCUGAUGAUGAACAAUAAUAUUAUAAAACCUUCUGUUUCAACUAUGAUAUUAUACUA